AUGACGGAUUGCGCGCUCUGCCAGACCGUUGGUCUGUUCGUUCGCUACUAUGCGUACGCUUGGUUGAUUGGAAUCGGCGUUUGGUUCCUGCUGAUUUUGGCCACCAAAGUAGGAUCGGAUGGCAACAAAUUCAAAUACUACGCUAAAUAUGGCAUGAUUUAUUUUGCAACACAAGCUUUCACCACUCUGUUCACUCCAAUCUCUCUGCUGAGGCCUCGAAAUCCUGUUAAUGCUCGAAUCAUAGCUACGACGGUGUCGUAUGCAUCGACACUUUUGCCGAUAACAUGGGAACUGCGUAAUGCCCGCAUCUUAAAGGAAGCCAAGGGUGCGGUCGUUAUGGCUAACCAUCAAUCGUCGAUGGAUAUUUUAGGAAUGAUGGUCCUGUGGGACAUAAUGCGAGAUGUGAUCUCCAUCGCCAAAAAGGAAAUGCUUUUCAUUAUACCCUUCGGUCCGGCCGUCUGGCUGGCCGGGAUUACCUACAUCAAUCGAAAAAAUCGCCCAUCUGCUAUGAAAACACUGGACGGUUGCAAGCAGAAAAUGAUCAAGCAGGGUUACAAAAUGUAUCUCUACCCGGAGGGAACCAGAUAUCCGGAACGGGGUAUGCUGCCGUUCAAGAAGGGUGGUUUUCACACGGCCAUCGAAGCCGGGGUUCCCAUCGUUCCGGUGGUGUUCUCCCAUAUGUACUUCAUCGAAGCGAAAAAGUACAUCUUCAAGCCGGGGCAUGUGCUGAUUAACGUGCUGGAACCGAUCCCGACGGUGGGCCUAACCAAGGAUAAUCUGGACGAACUGAUCAAGCGAACCCGUGACGCUAUGCUGAGCGAGUACGAGAAACUGUCGGCAGAGAUGGACGCCAAUUUGGUGGAUCCGAAGUGGUUGCGAGCUGAGCGGCCUCGUUUGAGCAUCCUUGAUGGAAAGAAGACGAACUAG